UACGCGCUAUCUCAGAGGUCACCAGCAUGGCGCUGUCCGUGUUCGAUAUACACUCUGCCUAAAUCUCCAUGACUUUAGUGAAUAAUUAUGGACUGCCAUAGUGAUUUAAAAUGAUUUAAUCCUUGCAUAAAUCGAUUCUUUUGGUCCAUAAAAGGAUUAGUUAUUUAUUGAACUAUGUCGGGUUCAAAUGUUUGGACUCGCAGCAGAGCGAGAAUGAGACUCUUCCCAGAGCUGAUGGCUCAGUGCUCAGGAGAGGCGACUGCUUAUGGGAAAUGUGUAGCCGCCACAACCACUGGAAAACAGGAGCUGACCAGAAACAUGUGCUUCAGAGAAUUUGAAGCACUGAAAAGCUGUUUUCAAUCUGCUGCAAAAAAAGGAGUAAAGUGAAGAAUAUCAUGUUGAAAAUUAUUAUAAUUAACCAGUGAAACAUUUCUCUGUAAAUAUACAUGAAUGUACUGUACAAUAAUGUUUCAAAACAAGUAUUCCAUUGUGUUUAAAUCUACAAUAAAACUCUUUUUUUAUAUAAAAACUCUUAAUAAUGAUUUUUUUGUUCAGACAUAAUCUUAGAAAAUAACAUACAGAGGCAGUUUGGCCUGAAUUAUUUCACCGUCUGCAUCCAUUACUCUCCCGUUUCCACAAAUCAAUAUAUCAGAAUGAGGAUAAAAGAGCCUGAGUAAUGAUAACCAGACAUUCGCUGUUGUUCAGAGUGUGUAAUUGAUGAGGGAGAAAUGAGAUAUGAGGUGCUACGUGAUGGGUGGUCAUUAUGACGCUCUUGACCAUCACUCGAUUCCACCUUCAAAUCUGGACUCGCUCCUAAAAUCCAAAAUGGCGGUUUUAAGGGGUUUGUUUCCAAUCAAACAAAAACAGGCCGAAACAUGAAAGGCCGACUGAUUAAUGUGUAUUCGUGGGGUGUACGUCAAUGGCACCACAAAAGAUUAUGGGCUCCUAGGCCUCUCGUAUGGAAUGAAAAGCCGUGCCACUGUUAAAUACACCCUUCCUGCGCAACCUGAACCCUCAUUAGCCACAUGUUAAUUGAUAGAAGGGCCGUAAAGGCAGCCACUAAUGACUGGGGAUCAACAAACAAUUCAAGCAGCCAAUUAGAGGGACGGAUCGGGUAUUAAAAAACUGUUUCCAGCAAAGCAGUGACCUGUAUAUUAAGAAGAAAAUGCUUUAGCUUAGUCAUGAUCUUUGUUUGUGGCCUUCCGUCAUAUGGGCUUCAUUCACACGUUUUCAGCGCUCUACAAGGUGUUAAUUGAAAGAGAAUGGUCUUGUGGAAAUGGUUGCGUUUGGUCCAAAUUGGCAAUAAAAUCUAAGGGUUUGGGGGAACUUGUCUUGACGUUGAAAAGGGUUAUAUGUAGAUGAUCGGUUUUGUGCACAAUGUGCAUCAAAUUAAUCUAUAGCUCAUUUUUAUGUGUUUGUUUUUUCUGAGCAAAAAAUAAUGACUGUCCUAUAUUUUUAGCAGGAUUUACAGAAGUCUCCCUCUAAAAUGUAAAAACAAAAACUUGUCUGACAUAUUUAAAAGCAUAC